UUGUUUUGGAGAUAGCCUUCACGUUUGCUCAGCGGCGCCAUAUCUGAAGAGCGAAAGGCAUUGCAUCAGUCUGCGGGAGCUGUCCGUUUGGACUUUUCAAAGAGGCAGCGCUUCAAAACCGCAGGAGAGCGCCGGGAGAGCCUCAAAUCCCCCCAUUCUCUCCUCCCCACGCUUUUGCACUCGUUGAGGAGAAGGCUCAACAGCUCAUUUGCCCACUCGAUCAUGCCACGUGAGCUUUUGACUGGCCCUCGUCAGGGCGAGCUCGAGCUGAUCGCGGACGACGCCCCGGACGGGUCGGCGGCAUCGUGAAUUUUAAUGACGCAAACAUGCGGGAGGAAGCCCAAGAGACAGGAACCAUCCAGAACCUCACAAUUGCGAGGCGGUGGCCCACUCUUAAUCCAGCUUUUCAUUGACGGUACUCCCACUUCUGACUUCUGACUUUGAAGCUGGGCUGGGCGAAGAUCCAGAGCCGCUUUUGAGCAGAUGUGCGCACAAAUUGACAAGCUGCCUUUUUACACGUCUCGUCAAAGGACAAACAGCACAUUUCCUGUCUAAUAUCUGAUUGGAUCAUCAGUACUUGGAAGCUGAUUGCAUUGGAGGAGCCACACGAUGGAGCCACUGGCUAAUAUGUCGCCCCGGGUCCAAGUGGAGGAAUGGUGGGGGUGGGGUAAUGCCUCGGAGGUGAAAAGGCUCAUCGCGGCGGGCUUUGCUGAUUAGUGGGCCAGCCUAAUGACUUGUCACCAGUGUCAGAUUCUGUCGAAACACGGCAGGCGACGCGCGAAAGACAGAAAAGCGUCCGUGUCCGAGCUCGUUUUGGCCGUCUGGCUUCCGGCGAUGCAGGCCAGCCAUCUAAAUGAGGAGAAGACCCCACGAGGAGCGAGCGGCUCAAGCCCACGCAAGUCCUCGGCCGGACACGAAGCCGGAGCGCAGAUGUCUCGCGAUGACAGCGACCUGGAGGCCCGACUCAACACCUGGAACCUGGAGUCCCAGAACCGGAGGUGCUUGCGAGAAAAAAAUAGACCCUUGUCGCCGAUUUUCAAGUCCGGCCUGGUCAGGAACAGCACCUUGACUGACGAAGUGGACUUGCAGCUUCUGGACCGCAAGGAGGCAGACAUGAGGCUGAAAGUUUUAGAGUCCAAGCAUCAGGAGGAGAAACUCAAACUGCAGCAGAAACACGAGGCCGAUGUUGACCACAUUCUGCAGCGACGCAAUGCGGAGAUGAGCGAGUUGAAGAGUCGAUAUCGGGCCCAGCUGAAGGAAGCCGAGGAGGUGAUCCGCAAACUGGAGCGGAAAGUUGAAAGUGUGCUGAAGGAAUCCCAGGUCACCCGCGAGAGCAAAGACAAGCACAUCGCCGAGCUGAAGAAGAUGACGGAUCAGAGCGCCGACUGCUUGAAAAACGAGUGGGAGAAGAAGCUGCAGGCAGCAGUGGCCGAGGUGGAGAAGGACAAGUUUGACUUGCAGGAGAAGCACACGGCCGACAUCCAAGAACUGCUGGACAACACCAAGAUGAGGCUGGCCGAGAUGGAGGCCGAGUAUGUCGCUCGCUCGCAAUCCACCGUAGAAAGGCUGCGCGAGCUGGAGGAGCAAGUGCGGCAGCAGCGUGGCCACGCGGAGAAGAGCGACGCGUCGCUUCAGAAGCUCACGCGGGAGAAGGCCCAGCUGGAGGGCCGCCUCGCCGCCGGCGCCGCCCGACUGCGGGAGGCCAACAGAAGAAUGGCCGUCCUCCAGAAAGAGAAGGACGAGCAGAACGUCGCGUUUGAGGAGACGCUGCAGAAGUUCCGAGCCAAACACGAGGCCCGUCUCCAGGAUCUGCAGCGGGAGCAGGCGCUGACUGCGGCCAAGGCCUCCGAGGCGAUGGAGGACUUUGAGAAAACCAUCGCGCAGCUCAAUCAGCAGCUCCUGGCCGGCGAACGUCACAGAGAGACGCAAGUUCGGGAUCAAGAUUUGAAGUUCCGCCAGGAAAAAGAGGAGCUGCGGAUCGACUACGACAAAAAGGUUGUGGCGCUGCUCGACGAGGCGGAAAAAGAGAGAACACAAGACAAGAGGAAGAUAGCCAAACUGGAGGAUGCACUCAGAGAUGCGGAGAACCAGCUGGAGCGGGCCAGAGAGAGCCAGCGGCUGCGCCUCCGACAGGCCGACGCGGCGCUGGAGGAACUCGGGAGGCGGGCCGAGCUCGGCUCGGAGAAGGCCGAGGCCGAGUUCAAGCUCCAGUUGGAGAAGAUGGAGGAGGACUUGCAGCAGUCCAGGUCUCGGUCCAAGGAGUUGUCGCUGCAAGCGGACGCCCUCAGACAAAAAUACGAGCAGCAGAUGGCUGAGCAGCGCGUGCAGCACGAGCAGGAGAGGACGCGCCUGCAACAGCGGCAUUGCGCCGAAAAGGACAGCCUGGUCCAGGAGCGCCAGCGGGAGGUGAGCAGCCUGGAGAGCCGGGCCAGGGCCGCCCUGCGGACCCACCAGGAGCACACCCGGGAGUGGAGGAAGCGCGACGGCCAGACAAUUUCGGACUUGGAGGCCCAGUUGUCGUGUUUGCGCGAGGAGCUCCGGGCGGCCCGCGUCCAGCACAAGCGACAGCUGGCAGAGAUGGCCGCGCUCCGCGACGAGGAAAAGCAAAAGGCCUACCAGGACGGGGAGACGCUGCGCUCCGACACGGAACGCGUCGUCCGGGACCUCCGGAGAAGCCACCGGCGGGAAAAGGAGGCGGCCGAAGAGAAGAUCAACAACAGGUUGAAGCACAUUGAGAAGGAGUACAGUCAGACGCUUGCCAGAUCUGCACAGGUCAUCGCCGAGCUCCGGCAGUCGGUGCGCAUCUCCAAGGAGGAAGCCGUCGGUCUGCAGCGGGCGAUGAUGAGGCAGCGCGAGGAGGCCGACCGUCGGUGGGCGCAAGACAGGGAGAAUCUGACCCGGCGGGCCGAGCAGGCCACCGAGCGCGCAACAACACCUCAACUCGGCUCGGCACAAGCUGCUUCCGUUUGCAGUGGUUGCUUUUAUCUCAAAAGACGUGCCACAUUCGACACGUCACGUAGAAGAAGACCAACUGACAACAAGUCCUGCAGGAGAAGGUGGAAAGUCUCCAGAGGCAGUUACGCGGCUCCGAGACGACCCUGCUCGCCAAAGACUUGGAGAGCCGAGAGAAGGUCACGGCGGUGCGUCAGGGGUACGAGGACAAAAUCAAAGGUCUGCUUCCCGCCGAGCUCAGGCAAGAACUGGAGGAUACCAUCGCGUCGCUCAAAGCUCAGGUGGAUUUCCUUCAGAGGAGGGCCGACGUCCUGCAGGAAGACUUGGAUGCCUGUCGCAGCACGAGGUAACCCCAAAAGCGGGACAUCCGCCCGAGAGGCACCGAGACGCCCGAUCUGAUGUGAGCAUCGACCGUUGCCGACGUUUCCGCGCCCUCGUCUCAUUUUCGGGAUUCGGUUUGUCGCGACAACCCUCAGCAGCCUCAAUAUUAGGUACACCUACGCAAACUCACGUGAUCCAACCAGGAGGAAAAAAUACAAACAAAUUUCAAGAACUAGAGCAAAAAAAAUCAUCUGUUCUAAUGAAGUUAUGGCAAUUUUUUUCACAUAUCUUAUAGUUUACCUUUCAAUUUAGCUGGCCUUAUUGUUGAAAACGAGCUUGUUAGUUUAGUUAGCCUAACAUUAUUAUCAUAUUUCCGCUUUGACGUCUGUGCAUUUUAUGGGAAACCGAUUCCCCGUUAUUCACACAAUUUGACGCCUAUUCAUGAUUCCCCCCCCCCCAUCCCCAACAUCCACUGAUUGACAUUUCACAGUUUGUUUUUUUUUUUUUUUUUUGGGGGGGCUUAUUUUGAAAGCAGUUGUAAUGCUUCAUCGGUCGUUUGUGUCUUUUUGCCGAGUGAGCACUUUCUUUGGCCGCUUCGGAUGAUCCAGCGAGCGAAACUUUCCCAAUCUAAUCCUUUUCUUUUGUACAUGAAGUAAUACAAUUCUGUGCAACAGGUUCAAUUGUUUUUUGUUUCUAUUUUUUUACGCAUCUCAGCUUUGGAUCCUAAAAUAUAUUUUGUUUUGUGUCAUGAAUAUUAUUAAACAUAUUUUUGUUGGAA